AUGAACCUGUACAAUUCGGCUCUACUGGUUCUUGGUGGUGGUGCCGCCGCUGCUGUCGCUACAGGUGGCGAUACACAUGUCCUUUCAGCGACUGCUCCCAAGGCGGCAGGACCUGCGGUGCUUUCAUCAUUCGUCUGCUUCUCUAUUGAAUUCGUCUUCUUUCCAGACUUCGCAGGAAAUAAAUCACAGCCAAAUCACUUUUCAAAUCAGCUCCUCGACAAUUUGGCCAAUCUCCAGGGAGCCAAGCCGCAUAUCAGAGUUGGCGGCAAUACACAGGACUACGCGCUCUACAAUUCAUCUUUGGAUGUCGCUGUCAAUGGGACAUACAUCCCUUCCAAAUCUACGGAUUAUCCAUACAUAAUUUACAUAGGACCCUCAUACUUUGAGUCCUACACAACAUGGCCGAACACCAAAUUCUCACAUGGGUUCAACCUAGGCAAGAAUAGUUCCCAUGAUAUACAGCUGGAAAUGGACAGUGUCCCGCUAGCCUGCGAAGCCCUCAGUCACGGGAACCUGCUCGUCUGGGAGCUAGGAAACGAGCCCGACGACUUUAAGAAUGCCAUACAAGGACCCGUCAGGCCUCCCUGGUGGGACGAGAAGGAUUACGUCAAUCAAUGGCUAAAUCGAACCGCUGCCCUUAAAAAGCAAAUGGAAAUUCACUGUCCCAAGCUGGCCCAGACGAAAUAUAUGGCGCCUUCAUUUGGAGGAAUUGAUGGCGCUCUGAAGGCGCUUACUACCUGGCAAGAUGGGUUGAAUGAUGCUAAGAAUAUUGCUUUCAAUUCGGAGCACAAUUACAUGGGAGGAGCCGAUGAGCCGGGCGUUACGCUUCAGAAGACAUUGAUGAACCAUACAGCGGUAGUCGAGAAUGCCGCAGAGCAUAUCAAUCUGAUGGACACUCUCGAAGCCCAGAAUCUCACCACCGGCAUUCCCUAUAUUCUAGGAGAAACCAACUCGCUCUACAACGAAGGCCGGGAAGGUCUAUCUAACUCUUUCGGGGCCGCUCUCUGGGGCGUGGACUGGAACCUGUACUGUGCAUCUCAGGGCAUCCGCCGAAUAUAUAUGCACCAAGGAACGGACUAUCGGUACGCAUCAUGGCAGCCCAUCGGAACCAAUAAGACCACAAUCGGGACAAAGGCCCCUUACUACGGGAAUGCGAUGGUGGCGGCCAUGACUCGGGGCGGGGACGAUGUGCAAAUUCUCAAUAUCCCGCUGGGUCAGGAUACCGAGUCUGCUUAUGCGGCAUAUGUCGGAGGCAACCUGGCGCGGCUUGCUGUGGUCAAUAUGGCAGAAUAUAAUUACACUUCUGGCUCUGCUUCGGGCGGUGCUGGUGAUCGUCCGUCGGGUAAGUAUUCGUUUAAAUUGCCCGCUCGGAUUGCGUCUGGAUCCGUGUCGGUGCAACGCCUCAUGGCUAAUGGGAGCAAUGCCGUUACGGGGGUAACCUGGGAUGGUUACUCGUAUAAUUACGAGUUGAAGGAUGGGAAGCCGGUUCGAAUGCACAAUGUCACGAGCGACGAGAGGCUCAGGGUUGGCACCGAUGGAACGGUUCUGGUUGAUGUGCCUUACUCCAGUGCUGCUCUUUUGAACUUGGAAGAUGGCAUGUAA